CGCCAAGCUGUACGUUCUCUCAUGCUCAGCCAAGCGCUAGUAGUCAGACUACAUCCGGCAAAUCCUCGUCUGCCUCUGAUUAUUAGUCCUCGCAUCAGACUGUGAGUGUGCCCGGAUCCUCUUUUUCUUACAUUUCGCCGCUGCUCCUCUCACUUUGUCUUAUCCUGUUGAUCUUUUUUAGUGCUCUCUCGUACAUUUUUUUAUUCCUUUUUGGAAUCUUCCAUUUAGCAUCCCCAAGCGUCUUGACUCUUACUAGUAAAAUCCACACCCCCCAACUACAUCACCUAAUUAUCGUGCGCCCCAUCGCCCUGUAAACCUUAUCAGCCACACCACCUUUUUCGGACCACGCCCCCCGAAAACUGGCACCCGGCUUACUCUGUCCGGCACAUUCCCUCUGGCGCAAUUUCCUGACAAGCGUCAACUCUCUUUCUUCUUUUUUUUUUCUUCUUCUUCUUCUUCUUCUUCUUCAUUCUUGGUUUCUUCACCAACAAUUCUAAGCCUCACCUGCAGCAGCCAUGGCUACUCCCGUCGACCAGUCCAAAAUGGACGUAAACAACACCUCCAACUCCAACUCAGACACCGAAAGCGCUGGUGGUCCUCAGAUCAAGCCUGCUCGCACCAUGACACAGCGCAUCUCAGAGGAACUCGACACCACGCUCGCCUUUAUUCCCAUGCUGGUUUGCUGUUUUAUUUCUGGUUUGACGGAUGGUACCAUCUACGGAGCCUACGGAACCUUCGUUUCCAUGCAGACUGGUAACACGAUUUUCGUCGCCCUCGGUUCGUCUGGCUUCAACAACAAGCCCCUUGGUUGGGCACGAUCUCUCCUUUCCAUUGGUUGCUUCGCCAUCGGAUCCCUCUCCUUUGCUCGCCUCUAUAAGUUCCUCGGUCCCAAGCGCCGCGGCACCCUCAUGUUCUCCUUCUUCCUCCAGGCUGUUCUUGUAGCCAUUGCCGCCGGUAUCGUCCAGGGCGGCAUUCUCGACGGAACCUACCCCUCGCAUCGCCCCGCCGGAUCGGUCGAUUACAACGAGUUCAUUCCUAUUGCCCUGCUCAGCUUCCAGGCCGCUGGCCAGAUUGUCAGCAGUCGCGCCCUCAGUGUCGGCGAGGUUCCCACCGUCGUCAUCACAUCCAUGGUCUGCGAUCUCAUGUCCGACCCCAAGCUCUUCCACACCGACCGCAACGACAAGCGCGACCGCCGCGCCAUCGCCUUUGUCCUGACUCUUACUGGUGCCAUUGCUGGUGGCUGGAUCUCCAAAGCGUCUGCCGCCGUCCAGCCCUCGCUGUGGACAGUCGUCGGCCUCAAGGUCGUCCUUGUUGCUGCCUUUGCUCUCUGGAAGUCCAAGCAGCCCGCCCCUGCUGAGAAGAAGGGUUCCGCGUAAACCCUCACCACACUACAAAAGAAAGAUAUAUUCGGAGCAUAUUCAACCGGAGCCCGGUGUUUUGUUACUUCUUCAUUGCAUCUGUUUCUGUCUAUUAUUCGUUUUUAAAAGCGCCAUAGGCUGCGCAUCGCAUAUAGAGUCAUACAGUAUAAUACCACACACAGUUACAGCUUUUUCAAAUAUAUACGCAUAUAUUGCUAAAUU